AUGCCCAAGCCACCACAGUCACCCGAGGAAGCCGACAUUGCAAGUGACCUGCAGGCAUACGAGCAACAGGUGCGGGAGGUUGAGGGUCAAGCGGCCGAGGGCAGCGGAAUGGCGGUUGAGCAGGAUUGGUUUGAAGAGCCCGAGAAGGAGGACGAACAUGCGGACACUCACUAG